AUGAAUUCUAAAAUUAUAAGAUAUUUUAUCUCCAAUUGCUUUGCUAAAAAUCAUCAUCUCCCAUUGGCUCAACAGGAUCCAGAAAUCUUUCAUUUGAUUUCAGAGGCAUCCAAUCACAAAUGCAUUGAUUUUACAGAAACUCCCACUUCUUUGGCUGUCCAAUAAUCCCUAGGAUCUAUGAUGUCAACCAAAUAUGCAUCUGGAUAUCCUGGAAAGAAAAACAAACCUGGAACUGAGAUUUACGAUAAAAUAGAAUAAACUUGUUGGGAAAGAGCUCAAAAACUAUUUAAUCUACACAACUUUAAUGUGAAUGUCCAAUUGCAAAGUGUUACGACUGCUAAGUUUAUUGUGAGCAAAGCCUUAGUUAAACCUGGAGGCACUAUAUUGACUAGAGGGAAUACAGACACGAAGGCACUUGAGAAGUAUUAUAAUGUGAUUAAGAAUGACAAUUAUGAUGGUGAAAUUGAUUUGAUUAUUGACUCUAAAUUGGAGCAAUUAGAUACCCUUAGGUCGAAGUACAAAUAAAGUACGCCUAUUCUUUUGGAUGUGACAGAAAAGGCUCCGUUUUAUGUUACUAAUCUCCUGGAGGAGGAGUCAAAAUUGUUACAGCAGUAUCAAUUUGUCGUAGUAAACACUCAAAGUUUGUUGGGUCCCAAAGGCUGCCUACUAUUUUCAGACAAGGCGUAUUCUGAGGAGGUUGAUGAGGCAUGUUAUCCUGGUUAUUAAUCUGGCCCUCAUUUCCACACUAUUACAGGUAUUGCUGUGAGUUUGGGAGAAAUUUAACACGCUGAAUACCAAGCGUUGUUUAAAUAGGUGAAAGGCAAUUGUGCUGCAUUGAAAAGGCAAUUGAAAUUGAAAGAAUUCCCAUUGAUCGAGACUUCAGGAACUUGUGUUAGUAUAGAAGCGAGUUAGGAAGAUUCGAAAAAAUUAGAAUUAUCUCAGAUUUAUGCACACUUUAGGGAGUCUAGAUUGGAUUUCAAUUUGAUUCCAUUGACUUAUAAAGGAGUUAAAUAAGAUGCCAUUCCAAAAUUGGCAGAGUGUUUAGGACUCGCUUUAUACCAUUCGAGACAUGGUAAGUUUUUAUAAGAUGACAAUAACUCUUUGUGGGAAAGAGAGUUGGAGGGAUCAAUGAAUGAAUUUUAUUCUAUGAUCUGAAUUAAUGAAUGUACAGUUUA